CCCCGGGUUCUAAUACCCCCGCCCACCGGCCAGCCUCCCGCCUUAAGAGCACCCUGCCCGCCCACAUAUCGGCUUUCCCUUUUCCUUCGCCACCCUGUCUUCGUCCCGCCGUCACCGAACGACGACCGAUGCAGCGCCCGACGUGCGUCGACACCCGCGUGCGGUCCACGAAGGACGCGCAGAAGAUCAUCUACGCCGCCUAUCUCGGCCGCCUCCCCGCCGCCCACCGCCGCCUCGACGGCGAGGAGCGCGCCGCCCUGCGCUCCGGCCACAGCUACGCCUGGGAGGAAAAGCCGAACAACCAGCACACCGGCCAGGGCAUGGAGCGCUGGACGGAGGGCAAGAAGUGGGGUCCCUCGCGAGUGCGCGAUGACUUUCUGUUUUACUACGAGCAGUGGGUUUCCCCCUCGAACCUCCCACCCGGCGCGUUCGUACUCUCCUCCCUCUCGCGCCCGAUCGGCACGUUAGAUCCGAGCCAGAACGAGCUGACGACCGGUUGUCUCACGAAGCAGACGUACUCCAUCCAGAUGAAGACGCCUCAAGGCGAGCGCAAAUGGCACCUCAAUACGUAUUUCACGCAAGCGACGCUCGACGCGCUCGGCACGAUCGACGACAUCCCCGGCGUCGGCGACCUCGUCAUCCCCGAAGGC